GCCUUCCAGUGCUUUCUUGCUGAAGAGCUACACUCGUUAAUCCGCUGUCUGUGAGCUGCAAUGGCGGGUGACGAUCUGCUCAAGAAAGGCAAGAAGAAGGGCGCCGGAGGCGGUGCAGAUGCAGGUACGACCCACGGCAAGAGUAAUGGCAAAGGUGCGGGUGUGGGCGGCUUCCAGCACCUUGGACUGAGUCCUCCGGUGUUCCGCGGUGUCAUGGCCAUGGGCUACAAGGUGCCUACGCCCAUCCAGCGCAAGUCGCUGCCCAUCGUACUAUCAGGAAAGGACUGUGUAGCCAUGGCCCGUACGGGAUCCGGUAAGACCGCCGCUUUCCUUAUCCCCAUGGUGGAGAAACUUAAGGAACACUCGACCAAGAUCGGUGUGCGAGCUGUAGUGCUCUCACCCACGCGCGAGUUGGCAGUGCAGACACUGCGAUUCGCCAAGCAGCUCUCCAAGUUCACGUCGCUUAAAAUGGCGCUCAUCGUUGGUGGUGAAGGAAUGGACCAGCAAUUCGAAGCCAUCGCAGCCAACCCGGACGUGCUGGUGGCCACACCUGGUCGUCUCAUGCACCACCUACAGGAGAUCCCAGACUUUAACCUAAAGGCAGUCGAGUACGUGGUAUUCGAUGAAGCUGACCGUAUUUUCGAGAUGGGAUUCGCUGAACAGCUACAGGAGAUUCUGAAGAAUAUGCCUACUAGUAGACAGACCUUGCUGUUCUCUGCUACUCUCCCGAAGGCUCUAGUGCAGUUUGCACGCGCUGGUCUGAGCGACCCGGAACUUAUUCGUCUGGACGUGGAGAACAAGAUCUCGGAGAACCUUAAGAUGGCGUUCUUUACAGUGCGAUCGCUGGACAAGCCGGCGUUGUUCUUGUACAUGGUACGCGAGUUCUUACCCAAAGGAGAACAGACCAUUGUCUUCGCAGCGACUCGGCACCACGUCGAGUUCUUACAUGCGUUGCUGGCAGCGAAUCAUAUUGAAGCCUCGUGCGCUUACGGUGACAUGGACCAAGCUUCACGGAAGAUCAAUUUGGGCAAGUUCCGAGCCAAGAAGACGAGUUUAUUGAUCGUAACGGACGUGGCAGCGCGUGGUAUUGAUAUCCCGCUACUGAAUAACGUGCUGAACUACUCGUUCCCGCCUACAGCCAAGCUGUUCGUGCAUCGUGUCGGUCGUGCAGCGCGUGCAGGUCGCAGCGGUACAGCGUUCAGCUUUGUGGAUCCGGAUGAGACGCCGUUUAUGGUUGAUCUGCAUCUGUAUAUCGGACGCCGUCUUGAAGACUCGUCGCCGGAGGAGAGUGCCGCUACCAAGCCAUACUCGUUGAGUACGAUGCGUGUCGAGGACGUGCACUACGGUGCAUUCCCCAAUGAGUUGAUCGAUCAGGAGAAUGAAGCCAUCCAGGAGACAAUGCGCAGCCAUCCACAGGUUUCGCCGCUUGUUAAGGUCUGUGACAACGCCUACAAGGCGUACGCACGGACUCGCGCUGAUCCGUCCAAGAACUCUAUUCGUCGCGGCAAGGAGCUUGCAGUGAAGAAGGUACAUCCUCUGUUUCAGCAGGAAUAUGUGCUCGACAAGAGUAAGGCGGACAAGGCUGCGUACAUUGACUCGCUCCAGACGUUCCGGCCGCCUCAGACGAUCUUCGAGAUUGCUGCAGGUGCUCACUCUUCGGCCAAGCGCUCAUCUCCGGGUGUUCAAAUGAUGGUCAAGAAACGGAAACUGCAUGGCAAGAUCAUCGCAACGGAGACGACGAAAGCUGCUGAUAAGGCCAAGGCGAAGGAGGAGGCUACUGCACUUAACGCUGCGGCUGAGAACGAGGAAGCUGCGGAUGCUACGGACGAUAAACUGACGGGCACGAAGAACGAUGAGGACAACAAAGAAGAGGCUGAAGAGGAAGCUCCAGCUCCUAAGAAGAAGGCGUUCUUCCUGUCCAAACAUGAGCGCAAGCAGCUUAAAAAGCGUGUGGCAGCUGGUGAGAAGGAGGAGGAUGUCAUGAAGGAGUUUGCGGCUGCUAAGGAACAAGGAACGGCCAAUACUGAGUCUCCGGAAGAGGGUGAAGGCGCGACGUUCAAGGACGAUGAGAACUACAUCGGCUACAUGAAGGACGGAGACUACACGACCGAAGGCUUCUUAGCCAAGAACGCUGAUGGUGGCAAGGUGAAUGCCUUUGCUGAAGCACGUCUGGAAGAAGCCAUCCUGGACGUGAACCCUGACGAGGCCAUUGAGAUGAAUAAGAAGCGUCGCAUUCUGCACUGGGAUGUCCGGAAGAAGAAGUUCGUCAAGACUACUGCAGGUGAACUCACGAGUCAAGGAACACUCAAGCGCCGUAACGAGAGUGGAGUCAAUGUACGCAAGAAACAGCAAGUGGGUGAGGUGUAUCGGAAGUGGCAGCAGAAGCAGCACAAGCGCGUGGCUGGCGGUGGCGUUGAGAUGGAUGACGACGACACUGGAGGUCGCAAGCUUGACUACCGUAAUGGCAGGAAGCCGCGUGGUGGUGCUGUCAUGGCUAAGCGCAGCGGUGUGAACAAACACGCCAAGGACGAGUUGAUGAGUGAGGGCAAGAUCCGCAAGGAGGAGAAGCGCAAGGCUCGCUCGCGUGGUGUCAAGGUCACGUCUGGCGUCAAGUCGAAGCGUGGCAAGGGCAACAUCAAGGGUAAGAGUCACGGUGCUCCUACCAGAAGCAAAGCAAUCAUCAAGAAGCGGUAAGCGGAGGAUGAAAAAGAGACUUUUGGUUGUUUGUGCACGACGCCAAAUAAUAAUAUAGACAACUUGCUUGCACUUGAACAA